AUUCAAAUUAAAAUACGAUAAAUACGAUUUUUAAUGAUUGAUUUAAAGUUGUUUUGGACGGAUGUUACCAAAGGGAUAUUUAUAGAGAACAUAUAUGCAAAAUUAAGAUUCAGAGGAGCAGAUAAGUUAGUUCCGAACUCUGAAAGGACAAAUAGGUAAAAGAGGUCCUUUUCCGUAAUUAAAUUCGGUCCCACCACCACCACCAUGUUAUUAGGUGGCGGAAGCCAACAAUUUUGAAGGCAGUUUCAUCGGCCAACCAAACAACUGAUCAGAUUUCGCGGCAGCCGUCCGAUCUCGGAAUUCAAAGUGAAGCACCAUGCUCACUUGCCUUGUUUCGUAACACCAUCCCCACUCUCUCUCUCUCUCUCUCUCGAUCGACGCCACCUCGCCCUCUUCGCCUCUCAUGUCUCGCACCGCCUACGACGAAGGCGUCGCGCCAGCGAACGUCCAGCUCGCCAACGGGGAGCAUGCCCGCCGGACGCGGGAGGGCGGCUGCUGGAGGUCCGAUCCACCUGGCCUCCGUCGGGUGCCCGAGGAGUGGAGGUGGCUCCGACGGUGCCUCGAGGCCGCAGCCAAAGGUUUCGCUAUAGGCGCCGGCCUGAAGGGAGGACUCGCAUUAUUCUCGGUUCUUGUGCGACUGAGGAGCCGCAGAUCCUUGAGGUCUUCCGCCAGAAAGGCGGGGGUUUUCACGAAUAAGGAGGCUGUGGUUGUGGCGUUGGAGGAGACGUUGAGAUAUGGGAUAUUUCUGGGAACCCUUGCAGGAACGUAUGUUUCGGUGGACGAAGUUAUUGCUGCAUUAGGUGGGCACAAGAGAACUGCAAGAUGGAGGUCGUUACUAGCAGGGUUGAUUGCUGGUCCAUCAAUGCUCUUGACCGGACCAAAUAAACAACACACUAGCUUGGCUAUAUACAUUCUUAUGCGUGCUGCGGUAUUGGCAUCACGUUGUGGGAUAAAGAGCAAACUAUUUGGUGGUGUUUGUAGACCAUUGACUUGGUCACAUGGUGACAUAUUUCUUAUGUGUCUCGCCUCUUCACAGAUCUUGCCUGCUUACAUUCUGAAGCAAGACAGCUUGCCAUCAUCAUACAAGUCAUUUCUUCAUAAGCAUGGUGGAAAGGAUGCUGUUAUUCUGCAAAGUAUGAGAGAAAUUGCAUCCAAUAUUUGUUUUUCUAAUUUAGAUGGGGUUAAGAAGUAUUACAAGUCCAUCGGUGUUGAUGUGAAGCUAGAUCCUAAUAUGAAUGUCCCAUGCUCGAUUGUGCAUGGCAAUCAAUCUUGUUUUGAGCAUUUCAUAACUUUCCUUUUCCAAGAAUAUGGAAGAGCACUACCAGUUUAUCUUCCAGUCUACUUGGUUCCUGCACUGGUAGUUCAUCGUCAGGGUCUUUGGAAAAGGCCUUACACAAUCUUGGGGAAGAGUCUUCUGGGGACUGCAAGAUCUAGCUUGUUCCUCUCUGUAUAUUGUGCAUCGGCCUGGGCUUGGACUUGCCUGCUUUUUCGACUUUUUAAAAGAUGUAACAUUCCGAUGGUCGUGAUUGGCACGUUCCCUACUGGCCUGGCAUUGCUAAUUGAGAAGAAGAGCAGAAGGACCGAGAUUUCUUUGUAUUGCCUUGCCCGAGCAAUCGAAAGCUUCUGCACAUGCUUGGCAGAUGCUGGAGUGUUCCCUCAAGCAUCAAAGCUAAAGCGAGCUGAUGUGAUCGUAUUCAGCUUUGCAACAGCCAUCAUCAUGCACUGCUAUGCACAAGAAAGAGAGGUGUUCCGGUCAAAGUAUUUGAAUGUGCUCGACUGGGUCUUUGGUGUCCCCCCACCAUAUGAUGAUGAACAUUGCAAGAAAUCCUAAAUUAUCGAUACCAUGCUACACGAUAUCUAGAUCAAUAUGCAGAUGUAAUUAGAUUUUGUUAUAGAGAGAUGAACCGGGAUAGCUGGAAGAAGAUAUCAUGAGACCACUGGCUUCAUUUCCCUGGUCAACCAUCCUGAGCUUUUCUGUUAUGACACGGAUCUUGCUCUCACAGCAAGUGUUGCAGCCUUAGUGAGAGGCAAAGGUGUGUUUGAUGAACUGUACUCUCCCGGAAAUCUUAUAGCUUAGUAAUUGUAUUGAUGCAUUUUUGUU